UUCGAUAUAUCAAUGCAACCCUACACAGUUGUAUAACCUCAGUAGCAAAUUUUUUUAUUGGCCAAUUGCAGACCCGUGAAAAAUAACCUGAAAAAAUGGCUGGUGAAGGCGAAAAACUGACCGGCAUGUCGAAAAUAUUCAAUGGCUCUACCAUGAGCGGACGCGCCAAUGUGGCCAAGGCUACAUAUGCUGUGAUGGGACUGAUUAUUGCCUACCAGGUGCUGAAGCCCAAGAAGAAGUAGAGGGCUGCCGGUUUUGUUGCCGUCUUUCUUUUCUUCUCGUACUAAGUACUUCUGCAGCCCCAGUAGGACCGGACCCAUGGACCGAAUGCUGUGAUCCGAACACCACAGAACGGGAGACGCAGGAUCGAGGCCAUGUAAAUUUAUGUGUAGUGCAAGACCUUGAAGGAAUAAAUAAGUUGAAAAUUUAACACAAUGAA